AUGAGCCGCUUGUGGUGGACUUGCUGGUUUAAAGUGGAGCUUAGCAUCCCCAGAGAAUGGGUGGGGAAGGAAGUCCAUCUCCUGUGGGAAAGUGAUGGGGAAGGGAUGAUGUGGAGACAUGCGCAGCCGGUUCAGGUAAGAGGAAGUUUGACUAAAGAAGGGGAGAAGACCAGCUAUAUCCUGACAGACAGCCUCAAGGAUGCAGAGCCUCACAGUCUGACUGGCUACGUGGAAGUUGCCUGCAAUGGUCUCUUUGGGGCUGGAAAAGGCAGCCUGAUUGCACCUCCUGACCCUGACAAGAAGUUCACUCUGCACAAGGCAGAGCUAGUGGUCUUCAACAGGGAUGUCCAUGAGCUGCUGGUAGAUUUUGAGAUACUAGUGGACAUGGCCAAGCUCCUCGGGGAGGAAAACCAGCGGAGUUUCCAGACACUAUAUGUGGCCAAUCAGAUGGUUAACCUACUUGAUGUUACAGACUCCUCUACCUUCCCUGCAGUGCGUCACCUCGCCUCUUCAAUCUUCAGCCAGAAGAAUGGCGAAAGCCAGCACACCAUCCAUGCCAUGGGCCACUGCCACAUUGAUUCUGCCUGGCUGUGGUCAUACAAGGAGUCUAUCCGCAAGUGUGCUCACAGCUGGGUGACCGUUGUACGCCUGAUGGAGAAGAACCCGGAGUUCACGUUUGUCUGUUUGCAGGCCCAGCAGUUUGAGUGGGUGAGGAACUGGUAUCCUGGGCUGUACACUCAGAUUCAGGACUACACCGAAGAGGGACGGUUCAUACCUGUUGGUGGCACCUGGGUAGAAAUGGAUGGGAAUCUUCCCAGUGGCGAAUCAAUGGUGCGUCAAUUCCUGCAGGGACAGCAUUUUUUCCAGCAGCAGUUUGGGAAGCUUUGCUCGGAGUUCUGGUUGCCAAACACCUUUGGAUACUCGACUCAGCUGUCCCAGUUGAUGCGUGGCUGUGGGAUAUGAUGGUUUCUCACUCAGAAACUCAGCUGGAGCCUGGUGAACACCUCCCACACCUUUUUCUGGGAAGGCGUCAACGGCUCUCAAGUUCUGACCCAUUUCCCGCCUGGCAAUUCCUAUGACCUAAAAGGUCAAGUGGAGGAGAUGCUGAAAACUAUGAACAACAACAAAGACAAAGGCCUUGUGAACCACAGAGCCGCUCUCUUUGGGUUUGGAGAUGGAGGAGGUGGCCCAACCCAGAAGAUGCUGGACAGGCUGAAGAAAAUGAGUGAUACAGAUGGGCUACCCAGGGUGCAGUUGUACCCCGAUCGGUUUUUCUCUAUGCUGGAGAAGAAGACCCAGCUGUUCACUUGGAUAGGAGAACUGUUCCUGGAGCUACACAACGGCACUUAUACUACUCAGGGCCAGAUAAAGAAAGGGAAUCGGAAGUGCAAGCGGAUACUCCAUGAUGCUGAAGUACUUAGUAGUUUUGCUCUGACCCAGAAAAAUACUUUCCAGUAUCCUUCCAUCAAACUGCAGCAUCUCUGGAGGCUGCUGCUCCUGAAUCAGUUCCAUGAUGUGUUGCCGGGCAGUUGUAUCCAGCUGGUUGUGGAGGAUGCCAUGAGAUAUUAUGCAGAAAUCCGUAGCAUGGGUGGUCUCCUCAUUAAAGAUGCUGUUCGGUCCUUGUUUGGAGAACUUUUGCCGACUAGUCCUGAGACAGAAGAAAGCCUCCUUGUUCUGAACACUUUGCCCUGGGAACGGACUGAAGUCAUCUCCAGGACUGGAGCAAAGACCUUAGCCCUGGUGAAGGUGCCUAGCAUGGGCUACUCUGCUGUGGAGGAUUCAUUAACACCCCCUCAUCCCAUGACGGUGACAAAACAGGCAGAUGGCUCUGUGACCAUGGAGAACAGGGUUAUCGCGGCUCACCUGGACUCCAUGGGGUGCGUGAUGUCACUUCACUUGGUGCACUCGGAAAGAGAAUCAGUCCAGAAUGGUCACUGUGCUAACCAGUUUGUGAUAUUUGAUGAUGUUCCCUUGUACUGGGAUGCUUGGGACGUGAUGGAUUAUCAUCUGGAAACCAGGAAGCCAGUCACGACCCUUCUGAAGCUUCUGGCGAUUGUACUGACUGGGGACCUGCGAGGAAGUGUGAAGUUCUCUCUGCAGAUCAGUGAGUGGAGUGUCAUCACCCAAGAAGUCAUCCUGGAUGCCAUGUGUCCUUAUCUUCGAUUCCUGACCCAGGUUGACUGGAAUGAGGCUCAUCGAUUCCUGAAGGUGGAGUUCCCAUGGCAGGUUCGGAGAAUGAAUGCAACGUAUGAGAUUCAGUUUGGGCACCUGCAGAGGCCGAAGCACUGGAACACAUCCUGGGACUGGGCUCGGUUCGAGGUGUGGACUCACAAAUGGAUGGACCUGUCUGAGCACAGCUUCAGGAUGGCAUUGCUGAACGACUGCAAAUACGGCGCAUCGGUGCACGAGAAGGAGAUGAGCCUCUCGCUGCUGAGAGCAUCAAAGUCACCAGAUGCCACUGCAGAUAUUGGACCCCAUGAGUUUAUCUACGCCAUGAUACCUGACAGGGGUUCCUUCCAGGAGGCGGGUGUGAUCCAUUAUGCCUACAACUUGAACUUCCCUCUGCACACCGUGCCAGCUGUGUCAGCACGGUGUCCAGCCUGGAGUGCCUUCUCUGUGCAUUCACCAGCGGUUGUGCUAGAAACCGUCAAACAGGCUGAGGACAGGCUGGACGGGCUGGUGGUCAGGCUGUAUGAGUCACAUGGCAGCACUGUGGUCACGUGGCUCCAGACCUCCCUUCCUGUGAAGGCAGCAAUCAACUGUGACCUUCUGGAACAGCCAGACCUGAGCAGCCAUCUGCCGCUGGAGGAGCAUGGCCUGAAGCUUUCCUUUACGCCAUUCCAAGUGCGCUCUGUCCUCUUGAUCUUGAGGCAGUAAGAGGGCUACCGCUGCUGGCAGCCCAGCCCCUAUCCUGGAACCAGGCAAAAAUCACCGUG